AUGUACAAGAUUUACGCAUUGGGAUCCAACGGCAGUGGUCAACUUAGGCAUCGGCCAUUUUAAGGACGUAAUGGUUCCACAUUUAACCUUUGAAAGUGUGAUUAAACCAAUAAAAGUAGCUUGUGGUGGAAACCACUCGCUAGUAUUAAUGGAAGAUGGCCAACUUUGGGCCACUGGUGAUGGUAGGCAAGGGCAGUUCGCUAUGGAUGAUGCCAAAAGCCUUUUUAAUUGGAUACAAAUCCCCGGCACGUUUGAAGAUGUUGCAUGUGGGUGGGAUUAUUCUGUGGUAAUAGAUACAUUUGGGAAUGUUUUAACUUCUGGUGCAGGUCUUAAUGGCGAAUUAGGCCUAGGGAGCAUUAAAUGCGCCUAUCAAUGGCGCCGCGUAACGACGUGUUUAAACAGUUCAAGGGCAAUAUACUCAUCAUUUCAAAAUGUAGUGUUGCGCGACGGCAACAAGCUCUUCGGCUGGGGUCCUAAUCGCAAGGGACAGCUUAUAGAACCGAAGAGUAAGGGUUUUGAUUCGCCAAGGUUAAUAUACGAAGGCAAGGAUAUAACGCAAGUUACAAUGGGAAAAGAUUUUGUCGCAAUCAUUGAUUCGGGGAAACUUGUAAUUUCAGGAACUAUGCGAGAUCGCAUUAACGACAUAAUUCGCGAUAUAUCUUCUGAAGAAAUCAUUAAGAUCGCCGCAAUGUGGUCUUCGUUGCACAUCUGGACAAAACGCGAAAUAUUUUCUUAUGGAAAUGGAAAUUAUGGUCAGAUGUUCAUCUGGGAGCGACCCUCUAAUAUGACCCACUUAAACACAGGAAGCGAACACGGCAUGAUGUCUUUAGCCGAUGGCCGCGUCUACUGUUGGGGCUGGGGAGAACAUGGCAAUUGCGGCUCUUCAGCAAAACUACUAGAAGAAACAUCCCCCUACAAUGACAAGAGUAAUAUCAUAAGUCCACUUAAUUGUGUCUUAGAAACCGAUGAAAAAAUAAUUUGGUUACAAGGCGGAUGCGCGACAUCUUGGAUAUGCGCAAAAUGUUAA